AAAUUCGGUUUAGGCAAAGACGCGAAGCGCGCGAGCCGGUCCCGAUCCCCUCGCCGCGCUAACCCUAGGUCCCCGCGGAGAUCGCCGCCGGCGAGAUCGAGGUUUUGGGGCUCCGCCGCUCCGUCCACCGGCAUCUCGCCGGAGGAGACGUCCAACGAGCCGGAUUGGCCCCGCCGUUGCGGAUCCACUAGAUGGAUCUGAAUGAGCGUCUCAACAAAUUUAAACAGCAGCAAGAGAAGUGCCAGACUACUCUAUCCAGCAUUGCUGCAAGCCAAGCUUCAACUUCGGAGCCAAAAGUUACUACAGUGAUUCAACCAAUAAAUGCCCCAUUCGCUCCUGUAAAACCACUGCAGCCCAUUAAAUUCUCUAAUGAUACGGAAAGGCUACAUCACCUCAAUUCAGUAAGGAAAUCUCCUGUUGGAGCGCAGAUCAAGUUAGUAAUCGAACUGCUUUACAAGACAAGGCAAGCUUUUGCAGCAGAGCAAAUAAAUGAAGCAACUUGUGUUGAUAUUCAUGGUAACAAGGCUGUAUUUGACAGCCUGAGGAAUAAUCCCAAAGUUUUCUUUGAUGGGAAGCAUUUCUCUUACAAGUCCAAGCAUGAUUUGACGGGAAGAGAUGAAUUGCUUUCUUUGAUCAGAAAGUAUCCCGAGGGUCUUGCUGUUGUGGAGGUCAAAGAUGCUUAUCCAUCCGUGUUGGAAGAUUUGCAGGCUUUGAAAGCAUCAGGUGACGUCUGGUGGCUGUCAGGCACCGACUCCCUGGAAGACAUGAUGUGCCCCAAUGAUCCUCGAUCAAAGAUCAAGGUCGACGAUGACCUGAAGCAGCUAUACCGGGAAAUAGAGCUGCCACGAGACAUGUUGGACAUUGAGAAGGAGCUACAGAAGAUUGGCGAGAAGCCAGCAACCAACACAGCCAAGCGGCGCGCAUUAGCCCAGAUCCAUGGCGCGCCACCCAAGCCGAAGGCCAAGAAGAAGCAGCGUGGCAUCUCGAACAGGACCAAGCUCACUAACCGCCAUCUGCCUGAACUGUUCGAGAACAUGAAGACGUGAGCCGUCAGCUGGCGCAAGAAAUGGCGCUCGAGAGUUUCGGGGCGAUUCUUUGUUGCCGAGCUGGCAAUAGUUUGCAACCAAUCUAGGUGCCACCUGAUGCUUACCUGACAAACUAAGUUGAGUUGAAUAGCAAUAUAGCUCCGUCCCAUUACAAUAUUUUACUUCGGCGUCGUCGCGUCGAGUUGCCAUAUCUGAAGGUCCAUUUGAGAUCUUUGUUGAGUCGCUCUGAAAGAAAAUGUGUUUCCUAACUGUACCUAAAUGUUACCAAAGGCUCAUGGCGGGCUCAGAAAACAUA